GCAGUAGUAGGCUCUGCAACAACAACAAUAUCUCUUGUUCAUCUUCUUUCCAUCUCCUCUCCCUUUGCAACACAGACACACUUAUCUGUAGUUUCUCACUCACUCACUCACUCACUGACUCGCAUGCAAAGCACGUGCCGCGUUCUCCUUCUAAACCGGAAAAUACAACACCACCAUAACACGACGAAGUGACGAACCGUUUUCACCCUCACGCAUUUAUCACUAUCAUCAUCACGCAUUAAACAUUACAGAUUAAAACAAACAAGCUAAUCAGAAUUCUGAACUUCACAAACAAACCCUUUCUUUCGCAAUGGCGAAUUUGCCCCAAUCGCUCUCAGUGUGUAGCGGCGGCGCCGCCGUCGUCGUCAAGGAUCAGAAGACGGCAGCAGCGGAACGCAUUAUUCUCAAACUGAUUCUCGAACUCAGCAACCCUGAUAAUCGUGAACGCGCUCUUCAUGAACUCGCUCAGGUCGUUACCACUUCGAAGAGGGAGUUAGUUCAGGAUCUCGAACUCGCUCCGCUAAUUUGGCAUUCUUUUGGUACCAUUGCUGUGCUUUUGCAGGAAAUAGUUGCUGUAUACCCUGUUCUUUCGCCACCAAAUCUUUCUCCGACACAAUCAAAUCGAGUAUGCAAUGCACUUGCUCUACUUCAGUGUGUGGCAGCUCACCAUGAUACAAGGAGGCUAUUUCUCAAUGCUCACUUACCUCUAUAUCUGUAUCCCUUCCUUAAAUCAACAAGCAAGUCAAAGCCUUUUGAGUAUUUGAGGCUUACCAGUCUUGGUGUCAUUGGUGCCUUGGUGAAGCAGGUUGAUGAUGGGGAUAUUAUAAGCUUCCUUCUUUCAACAGAGAUAAUUCCACUCUGCCUGCGCACUAUGGAAAUUGGCACUGAGUUGUCAAAAACAGUUUCAACAUUUAUAAUUCAAAGAGUUCUGUCGCAUGAUGUUGGUAAGGGAUAUAUUUUUACUAGGACAGACCGCUUUUGUGCAAUUAGUCAAGUUUUGGGGGAAGUGGUGGCAUUUCUUGCAGAGCAACCUUCACCUCGUCUUUUUAAGCAUGUUAUCCGAUGUUAUCUUCUUCUGUCAGAAAAUUGGAGUGGUGGCGAAGCAUUACGCAGAUAUUUUCCUGAAAUCUUCAGAGAUGGCACUUUCAAUAGUUGGCUUCAAGAUCAAGACCAAUCACUCAUGUUGGGGCUACAUCAUUUGCUUCACAAAGUUAAUCAGCUUCCUUCACAACAAGCUGGAGGUGGGUUCAAUCAUAUGAUGGCACCCUGAGAAUAUAGAUCUUGGUUAGUUGCUAGGUCCGAGAUAAAUUAGUUGAUGCACCAAAUUGAGGCUAGACCAGUUGUUUUACACCAAAAAUUGAGUAUUAGUUGCGAUUAUAGAUUAUAGAUUAUAGAUUAAAUAUCGAGUUAAAAAAGUUGCUCGAUCGAGCUGGUACUUUUGACCUACUUAAUUAGGUGGUUCAUUUAAUCCCUAAAUGAAUUUUCAAGUUGGAAAGUGAGAUAUUAAAUU